UUAUUUCUUGGUCUAUUUCACACCUUAAACGUAUAAAAUCUGCUCACGGAAAGUGUCAAUUAUCCGUAAUUUUCGUACUUCUCAGCGGGUAAUUCAAUCCGUAGAAUUGGAAUCGUGGUCGGUGAAGCCAUCAGACCCCAAGUAGUGGGGGUUAUUUAGUGUAUUAUCCCACCCAUGAGGGAACGCUGAAGACCGUAUACGCAAAACUACAUUGCGGUCUUAUGGGACCUUCCGCUCUAUCUAAUACUCUUUGGUCCAGAGUCUAGACUGUGUAUAAACAGUUCGGUUGAGAAUCCGGCGUUUUCAAUUAAAGUGGAUGGUUAGGACGAAUUAAUUCUACAAUGGGGGUCACAGUGCUCCAACAAUUUCCUACUACAGAGAAUCGAACUGGCCCACAAACCAUCGAGUUCCUCACGAAGCGAGUCAUUGCCCUCGGAGCGGUACAGACUGGACAGUUCUUAGUCGACUGCGAGACGUACAUGUCGAUGCCCCAGCUCGGCGUCCAAAAAACGGUCCACGUGCUGCACAAUUCCGAGCAGCCGGCAUCCGUUUUCGCAGUCCUCGAAUCCGGGAAUAAAGUGGUGCCGCUAAUUGCCGAUGGAUUGUUCGAUUUGCUCAUGCAAAAGAUGACCAACAUCUACACUAGCAAGAAGCAGACGAACAUCGAGUCGAAAGGACCUCGAUUCGAGAUCGGGGAUUUCUGCGUGAAGCUUGGCAGCGUGACCAUGAGCCAGAACUUUAAGGGCGUCUUGGUAGAGGUGGAAUACAGACCUUGCGUCGUGCCGGGAAGCGCUUGGGAGCUGAUGCGAGAAUUUCUCCAAGGAUUCCUCGGAUCCGCCGUGUCGAAUCAAAUUCCGCAAUAUCUGCAGAAUCGAAUAAAUGACAUUUAUCAGCCGAUGGACACGAUUCACCAAUAUCUGGAGCACUUCGGCCAAUACAGGAAGUCGACGGGCGUGAUAUGAAGGAGAAGUUCCGCAAGUGAUCCUCGUACUUGCAGUUACCUUGUUUCCCAUUUUUUUUAUUCCAUUAAAGCGAUAAAAACCGCGGAUGUUCUUGAACCUUGAUCUUCCUGGAUUUCUGUAUCGUACGAUGUCGUGAAGGAUGUACAGAGCAUUGCAUCUGCAAUUACGAAAAGUGAGUGGAAUUUCAAAUGAAAUUAAUAACUGUACCUGCAGGAGAAUAUUUAGCCGAACGAUAAAAUUCUUGGUAAUUGGUAAUUGGCGUUUGACCAAAAUACUCCAUGUCUUUAUUAAAAUAUUCUCGGAAAAUAUUAACGGGUUUAACCGAUUUUAAUUAAUCGAAACUAACGAAUCUGGUCAAGUUGAACUAAAGUGAGGUUGACUCGAGCGAAACGUUUCCUGAAACGAGCCAAAUGCCGUCGAUUUUAUUCAAUGGACCGAUGCUUUUUUUUCUUGGCCUUUUUCUUUUUCCUACAUGUAGCAGGUUUUUAAUAAAGCAACGGUGAAAAUGCAUAAA